AUGAAGCUUUUGUUCGACAAGACUGGAUCCGUUGCGCACGUUCCGAGCAGGCUUCACGAGCGAGCAGCGAGCCAGGUCAAGCAGCACGAGCACGUCGGUCGAGAGUGUGAUGGAGACACCGCAACGACCCGACAGAUACCUCAAAGUUCUGUCGUGGAGGCAGAUCCAGCUCCCCCCGUCCAUGAGGACUCGAAGUCGUGCCCGCCAGUGUGGGCAGAAACGAGGCAAGAGCUGUGCGAGACGUUGCAGUACUUUCGCUCCUACCAUGGAGGCUCUUAUGCCCAAGGCGCAACACCCAUCAACUCCGCGCUGGUCAAUAAAGCUCGAUCGAAGGCGGACAGCGUGUUCAGAGAUACAGUGCCGCUGGGUUACUUGCUCGGGGCAUACGGCAGUCAGAGAGAUGCUUGGGCUUCAGGUGGCAGAGUCUCUUUGACCGACGAUCGCAAUCUCUGCCCCUCAAUCAUGGUGCACAGAGGCGGGAAAUCCGUCAGCGAACCUGGGGAUGACACGAUAGAUCAAUCCUUGCCUCCAGAUGACACAUCACCAUCUUCGGCCAAGCAAGCCCUCCCUUCGCCAGCAUCAGACCCAAUUCAGCGCUUCAGGCUGGCAGACGAUCAGAGCGAGCACGACGGGAGAGUGGCGGGACUAAUACAGAGCUACGAGCAACGCAGGCCCAUCGUGCUCAUCUUGGCCUCCGACUAUCCUCUUUGCGACUUUCAGCAUCCUUGGCCCUUUGCUGUGCUUGGCUGGUAUCGGAUCACACUGGCUUGGCCCGAGAAAGAGUCUGGUGUGGAUGGGAAAGAGGGGCACGUGAGAUGGAAGUUCCGAUUUGAGUGGAUCGGCGCUCAAGGCGCGCCAUGGUGGCUUGAAACGCCAGCCCGAGAGAGCCCAGAGCCACCAGCACCCUCAAAGGAGGUUCCUGCUGAGUCGCAUUUGCAAGACAGUAUUUUAGCUAGAGAGGACACGGUCGCCGCAAAACGGGCAGCAUUCAGUGACGUAACCCGAAAGGUACGCCGGAAUGCCGCCCUCAUCUCUCUGUACACUCCCAGCCUGUGCUACGAUCACUCGACGAUCAAAUGCCGAAGCUGCAACAGGGACUCGCCGACCGUCUAUCGCGUUUGGUUGUGUCUCAAUACAGGCUGUCCCAAAUUUUGGAAGAGACGUGAUGGCGCCAGAUCGCUCGAUCCCGUCUUUUCCCAGCUUCGAUUCCACGAGACCUUUCUGUGCACCACUGAAAGAGAUCAAGAACAAUUUCAGAUCCCUUUCGACGUGGCACCCCCCCAGCCGAGCUCUUCUAGUAUACAGACAGCAGACGAUAUACGAGGCUGGCAUUGCCCCAGGUGUCAUCGUCUGUCUGCGCGUCAGUUUGCGCAGUAUCGGUUUUGUCCCACGUGCUCCAACAUCAGGGUGCCUGAACUAGAGCUGGUGCCGCUGCCGCUUGUCAGUGCGCUCACGCCUUUGAUCGAAGAUGCAAAGGUGCAUUCCCAUGCUGGUAUAGAGACCAGCACCCGACGCACUGAAGACGGACUUCAAAUCACUACCUGGGCGUUACCGAUGUGUCUGGGCGGCGGUAGAAUACACGUCGUACAGCGCGAAGAUGGCGCCGAAGUAGAGGCCGAUGACAUCUACAUGCUUUCUCAGCGAUCGAUUACUUCGACAGGAGUGAACGAUGAAAAAAGUUGGAAGGAUGUGAUACGAUUCCGCAGACAUCCUCUGACUUGCCAUUCGAUGAAGAGCACCCUGCUGAGCCAGCAAUUCACGUUCAACUACGGCGCAGAAUACAAGCACGCCGUGAAGCUAGACACGACCCCUAUGGAACAAGCGCCGCAGAGCGCCAAAUCUGCAAUGGCGUUAAUAGAAGCUCGGGUGCGCGCUGCGAACCUCUGCAGCAAGCAAGAACCUUUCAAUGAGCUGUACCCCGUUCGAUACGUUGAAAGCCAGCAAAUGAACUAUCACGACGAUGGGGAACCUGGUUUGGGACCUGUUGUCGCUUCCCUUUCGCUCGGAGUCACUGCAACUAUGAGCUUCAGGCUCAAGGCUAAGUAUGCUCGGGGAGGACAAAACGAUGUGACCAAAACCAUUCAUCACCCCGAGUCGAGCACGACAGCUUCACAUGUCGUUUGGGAUAAACCGAUCCAGGAGCAAGUCAAAGAAGAGGUCGGAGAGGUUGCUGGAGAUUUCACAGAAUGGCACACGACGUUGGAUAUGGAAAGUGUGGCUCAAAAUGCCUUGUUGAAUGCUCGUUCUGAACCCGAAAUCGAUGCAGAACAGCGUCUCGAGGCGAUGGUCGAGGCAGAGUGCGCCAUGUCCGAGGUGCCUCAGAUAAGCCAACACAACCGUGUACUGCUCAGCGUGCCGCUCAAACAUGGGAGCGUCUGCAUACAAGAAGGUCACCGCUUGCAGAAAUUUGUGGAACACGCUGUCGAGCCUUUGUCGGCGACUGGGAGUAGCGGGGCAGGGGGACUGAGGUUUGCAUUCACUGCUCGGGCAAUCUACCCGCGCAAGUCGAAGAAAAGGCCGCGGAUCAAACUGCUGCUAAAGCCAAAGCCAGAGCACGAGGAGGUGGAGAGCGCUGCCUCACGGCAGCAGCAGCAGCAGCGGCAGCAGCCGUCCCCCGGCCAGCAGCAACCGACAGCGCUUGAGCAGAAGACAUCGUUACCUUGCAAGAGAUUGGGGAAUGACUACGAGAAGAAGCUGCAUCGGAAGAAGAAGAAGACGACGGGUCUGCACAAGAUGCCGAAGGACCUCAUGAAGAUCUCUUCGUUUGUGCUGGGCAGCACGCGCCGGCCGACAUGA